AUGGAUUUGUUCAGAAAGUGUAUGGAUCCAGUUGAGAAGUGUUUAAGAGACGCGAAGAUGGACAAGAGCAACGUCCACGACGUGGUUCUUGUGGGUGGGUCGACCCGGAUCCCUAAAGUUCAACAACUGUUGCAGGAUUUUUUCAACGAGAAAGAUCUCUGUAAGAGCAUCAACCCAGAUGAAGCGAUGGCUUAUGGUGCUGCAGUUCAGGCGGUCAUUUUAAGCGGCGAAGGAAACGAAAAAGUUCAGGAUCUUCUUCUUCUCGAUGUCACCGCUCUGUCUCUAGGGCUUGAAACCGCUGGUGGUGUUAUGACGGUGUUGAUACCCAGAAACACCACAAUUCCGAUCAAGAAAGAGCAGGUGUUCUCUACUUAUUCGGAUAAUCAACCGGACGUUUUGAUUCAGGUUUACGAAGGUGAAAGAACUCGAACUAAAGACAACAACCUGCUCGGAAAAUUCGAGCUUUCCGGGAUCCCUCCUGCUCCUCGUGGUGUUGAACUGUAA